UCGCAUACCAAAUCCUGGAUAUACCCCGAUUUUCACAUUUCCAUCUGUUCUUAUUACUAUUCCCAUUGCCGCGCGUGUUGCCGAUACCGAGACUUUCUCCCUCUUAGCAUUCCCAUCUCUAGCAUCUAAGAUUUACUUUCUUGUUCUUUCUGACUACUUAAUCUACCCCAGAUUUCUUGAUAUAGUUAAUCAGAACAAGCUAAAGAAGCGUCUUCACCAUCUUAUCGUAUUUUACAGUUUUACAUCAACACCCAAGAUAGUCAAGAUGGCAUCACCACAGAGAAUCCGUACUCCCGUCACCGAUCUUUUCAAGAUCAACCAUCCUAUUUUUCUCGCCGGAAUGAACGUCGCAGCUGGCCCCAAGCUCGCAGCUGCUGUCACGAAUGCCGGCGGUCUCGGUGUCAUCGGAGGCAUGUCCUAUAGCCCGGACAUGUUGAAGGAGCAAAUCGACGAGUUGAAAUCGUAUCUCAAUGACAAGAAUGCGCCAUUCGGCAUCGAUCUGCUACUUCCACAGGUUGGCGGCAAGGCCCGCAAAACAAACUAUGAUUACACGAAAGGCAAGCUCGACCAAUUAAUCGACGUCGUUAUCGAAUCGGGAGCCAAACUCUUCGUCUCCGCUGUCGGUGUACCACCCAAAGCCGUCGUCGACAAGCUACACAAGCACGGUAUUUACUACAUGAAUAUGGUCGGCCACCCCAAGCAUGUCCAAAAGGCGCUAGACAUCGGCUGCGACAUGAUCUGUGCGCAGGGUGGUGAGGGUGGUGGCCACACUGGAGAUGUUCCGACCACCGUCCUGAUUCCGGCGUGUGUGCAGAUUUGCAAAGGAAAAAAGAGCGUGGUAUCCGGCCAACAGGUUCCAGUCAUUGCCGCCGGUGGUAUCCAUAACGGCCAGAUGUUAGCCGCCGCGCUGAUGAUGGGCGCGAGCGCUGUCUGGGUUGGUACCCGUUUCAUCUUAGUCGACGAAGCUGGAGCGCCCGAGUCGCACAAGGAGUCGGUACGAACUGCCGGGUUCGACGACACAAUCCGAACCCUCAUCUUCACUGGACGGCCUUUACGGGUGCGGAAGAACCCGUAUAUCGAGAACUGGGAGACCGAGCGCCAAGCCGAGAUCAAGGAGUUGACUGCCAAGGGUAUCCUCCCCUACGAGCACGACCUGGAGAAGGUGGCGAAUGGCACGGCCGAAGGCUCAGGCAAGGAGAACGAAAGCGAAGAGGAUGUAGAUGACUUGAUGGACCAGUUCCGGCCCUACUUGAUGGGCAAGUGUGCCGCGCUGGUGAACGAGCAGAAGAGCGCAAAGGCCGUUGUGGAUGAAUUCAUUGAGGACGCCACAGCGAUGCUAAACCAAGGCGCCAAGAUGGUGGCGAAGUUGUAAGAGGGUUGCGACUAUUAGGGGGAAUCCUGAAAUAUUAAAUACCUUUGUAUAUAUCCACAAGCACCAUGUUUGAAGAUCAGUAUUAGCGCAGUGCGGUCCCUAUUGAGGACUUGGGCAGUAUAAUUGGGUGCGAUAGUUGUAUCAUUUUAUAUAUAGCAAUGCAUACAAAUUUCCUUGUAAAC